AUUUCUUUAUUCCUUAUUCUGGCUCUCUUCAGCUGAGCCAGAAUAAGAACACUGGUUAUGUGGUUCAGAGGUUUUGGAAACAACAAAAUAAUGCAGAAACAAGGCUGUGGGCUUGAGAACUGGGUUUAAAAGUAAUAAACAGUGAUAUUACAAGAUUACACCUUCAUUACACACUCACAACUAUCAUUAUUCUUGUCAUACCUGCUCUGUACCAACCAGAGAUGCCCUGAUCAAAUGAGUGGAUGAAGUGUGAGUGGUGUCCCAAAAAAAUGUACCGCCUGCUUUAAGGGGCUUUAUCUGAAAGAGCAAUGGUCAAGGGGAUAUAAAGAUAAAGAAAGACCAAUUGUUAAUAAUUACAGACAUUGGAAGAGGUUUAAGUAUGGGAGUGUUUAGGAUGAUCUCAGUUUAUCCCAGAUCUUUCUUCCAGGAUGGAGCUGUAACGAAGGGGAACGAGUACUGGAUACCAGAGACUAUAAUAUAGAAGUAGGAUUUCAAAGUAUUUCAGAAUCACAGAAGAAUUGCAGUGGGAUUCACCUCCCAACACUUUUGAAAGACACACAAUGGUGCAGUAUGUGGUGUCCAGACCACUUUACACAGAAGAUGACUUUACAGAUGAGCAUGAGAAAGUCUGUCGGCAACACAAGACCAUGCGGAACCAUGUUAAAGAAUACUUCACUUGCAAUUCAAAACGUGCCAAGAAUGCAGCUUUGUCUUUGCUGCCCAUCAUUGGAUGGAUGAAAAUAUACAAUGUCAAAGAAUGGGUACUGGGUGAUAUUGUAUCUGGAGUGAGCACUGGACUGGUGGCUGUCCUACAAGGACUGGCCUACAGCUUACUAGCAUCUCUUCCUGCCUGGUAUGGAUUGUAUGCUGCUUUUUUCCCUGUGAUCAUCUACUUUUUCUUUGGCACUUCUCGACACAUUUCUGUGGGAGCAUUCCCAGUUCUGAGUCUCAUGGUAGGGUCUGUAGUGACGAGGCUGGUACCUGAUGAGGGCCCUCCGGUCAACAUCACAGGCUUUGAUGGGCUUACGAUGGACCAGCAAAGAGCCAUGGUGUCUGCCUCGCUUACCUUUCUCAUUGGUAUUUUCCAGCUUGGCAUGGGGCUACUGCAGAUUGGCUUCAUAGUCAUUUAUCUGUCUGAUACUCUGGUGUCCGGGUUCACUACUGCUGCUGCAGUACACAUCCUGGUGUCACAACUCAAAUUUAUUUUUGGGCUGAAGGUAGCAGGCUUCAGUGGACCACUCGCCAUUAUAAAAAUUCUGGAGAAAACCUUUGGGCAGAUCACAUCCACAAACAUCCAUGAUUUGGUGACGUCUAUCGUGGUAAUGGUUGUUGUGUUCAUUGUGAAAGAGCUCAAUGAAAGAUUCAAGAAAAAGCUUCCGGUACCCAUCCCAAUAGAAGUCAUCAUGACUAUCAUUGCAUGUGGCAUAUCCUAUGCAUUCAAUUUCAGAGACAAUUAUGGAGUGGAUGUUGUAGGAAAAAUACCAGAUGGAUUUGAGCCACCACUUGCUCCUAAUGUUCAGAUCUUUCAGGAAACAGCAGUGGAUGCUUUUCCUAUUUCUAUAGUGGGUUUUGCUGUGGCCUUUGCUGUGGCUAAAGUCUAUGCUGUCAAACAUGACUAUGUUAUCGAUGGAAACCAGGAGCUUAUAGCUUUUGGUGCAAGUAACAUCUUUGGUGGAGCGUUCAAAUCCCUGGCAGCUAGCACAGCUCUCUCCAGGAGUGCGGUACAGGAGAGCACAGGAGGAAAAACACAGGUUGCUGGUCUUCUUUCUGCAAUCAUUGUCCUGAUAGUAACUCUGGCCAUAGGGUUCUUGCUAGAGCCACUGCCAAAGUCAGUGCUGGGUGCAGUGGUAAUAGUGAAUCUGAAAGGGAUGCUGAUGCAGGUGUGUGAAGUUCCAUACCUCUGGAGGAAGGAUCGGCCUGACUGCGUUGUUUGGGUUGUGACCUGUGUGGCCUCUAUCUUGCUGGGGCUGGAUCUUGGCCUGGCUGUGGGACUUGGAGUAGAGAUGAUUGCUGUUGUCUUCAGGACUCAGUUUCCACACUGCUGUGUCCUAGCAAACAUCUCUGGCACUGACAUUUACAGGAACCGCAAGGACUAUGUCAAUAUAUAUGAACCAGAAGGAGUGAAGAUUUUCAGAAUUCCUUCACCAAUAUUCUUUGCAAAUAUUGAUUUCUUCAGAAGCAAACUGAUUGAUGCUGUGGGCUUCAGUCCAUUGAGAGUACUGAGAAAGAGAAAUAAAGCCCUGAGAAAAAUUAAAAAGCUAAUUAAGAAUGGGGAACUCACAGUCACAAAUAAUGGAUUACAUGCCACAUGCUCUCUGCCAAUUGAAGAGUCAGAGGAUGAGAACAAUAUGGAGGACUUAGAUCAGCCAGUAGACUUCUCGGGCCUUCCUAUUCAGGUGAACUGGAGAGCAGAGCUUCCUGCUAACAUCUCCGUUCCUCCGGUAGACAUCCACAGUCUUGUGCUUGACUUCUCUGCUGUCUCCUUCCUUGAUAUAUCAGCGCUCAAAGGCCUUAAAACGGCAUUGAAAGAGUUUAUUCGCAUUGACGUUGAGGUCUACAUUGUGGCCUGUGAUCCUUACAUCAUAGAGAAGCUCAAGAGCUGCAAAUUCUUUGAUGAUGAGAUUACAACAUCCAUCUUCUUUCUGACCCUCCAUGAUGCGAUGCUGCACAUUCUUAAUGUACAUACCCCACUCAGCAUUAGUGAAAAGGUAUAUAAUAACAUAAAUGACAAGCUGAAUAAUAUAAAUUCCAACUUGCGUAACAGAGAAAAAAACGACAAGCAACCAGAGACCAGGUUUUAAUGCACACUGUCUCAGUGUCUCUUCAUUAUGCUGUGGAAAUCAAGACAAUUGACUGUUGGAUGCAUUGCAACUCAUGAAUUGUUAAUAUAAUUUAUAAAUGGAUCCUUUCUGGAAAUCGAUUGGAAAUCUAUUCUGUACUGUAUAAUGGUUAUUUACAAAAAGAAAUGAUACAUUUAGAGACAUUGUAUCCAGAUGUUUACUGGAGAAAUACGGAUAUAUAUAUUAUAACUUUGUCACUUUUGCAUGUGUAAAAUAUUUUUUAUAUAGAAAAAUCUAAAAAAUAUAUUAUUUUACAUUUGUACACAGUAUUAUUAUUUAAAAAUAA